AUGAAUUUCUCAUCGUCUCAACACAACCACCAUCGAAGAGGCUUGUCUUCUGCACCAUCGGAAGGGACCGUAUCGUUAAACAAUAUUCUAACACAACUUUUAGUAGGAAACAAUCCUUCUAAAAAUAUAUUUAUUGUGCUCUUAUCAAGCAUUCUUUCAAUAUAUUUAACACAAUACACAACAAAGAAAAUUAAUUCAUUUCGGAAAUUGAUGAGUGAAAAUCCAUUGUUUUUAGUUUGGGGAGUUUUGAAUGUAUUAAGUGGGCGGAAAUUCUUUGAUAAUUUAAAUAAUAAUAGAUUGUCGUACAAUGAUACAAAUAAUGAUGUACGGCAAACUGAAUUAAAAUCAACAGGUCCAAGAAAAAGGUUGUUUAGUUUAUUUUCGAGGAACAAACAAAUUCAACACGUGGAUGCAAAACCAAAAACAAUGAUCGAGGAAACGUUACAAAUUGAUGAAGACGAAAUUGAUGAAGACAUUUAUUACAUUAAGCUAUAUCGUCAAAAGAACGCAAAACAGGCAGAGAACACCAUCCCAGUUAAUUUGGGUCAACUCGCUGUUAAUGCAGGAACGUUGUUCACAAGAGUCAAGCAAUACGUCACAGCCGAAGAUAUUUUAGCGCAGAAUCAAAGUCGAUCAGCAACUAAUAACAAAACCACAGAAUUUACAGAGUAUUUCAUCAAUGCCCCAAAUGAAACCUAUCAUAGAAAGGGAAAUUUCAAUUUACCAGCUUAUGACACAUUUCAAACUAGCUCGGAGACUGUGCUUCCUAAAAUAUAA